GUGUUCAAACUUCGCUUUUGUACCUUCAUUUGCUUUCCCUCAACGAGACACAAAAGCUUGUUUACAAAUGUCGUCUUCUGGUGCAAAAGUCAGAGACGAGGGCAUCUCCUCUCGUCUCCGUAAUAAGACGCCAGCAGCAAGCGAUGGCGAUGAGACGAUUCCGUCCCGUGAGGCCACCGCUGAGCCGGCGGGUGAGGAUGUGGUUGAUUCGAAGAAACAGCUUGCCGCCGAGGUUGACGAGCUCAAGUCGUCGUUGGCCAAAGCUGAGGCGAUUGUGAUGCCGAUCUUGUUCACCAUCCUUGGGUUCAUCACGCGUUGCUACAAGAUUGGGGCCAAUAAGAACGUUGUGUGGGAUGAGGCGCAUUUUGGUAAGUUUGGGUCUUACUACUUGCGCCAUGAGUUCUACCACGACGUGCACCCUCCACUGGGUAAGAUGCUGGUGGGAUUGUCUGGUUACAUUGCGGGCUACAACGGGUCCUGGGACUUCCCAUCUGGACAGGCGUAUCCGGAGUAUAUCGACUUUGUCAAGAUGAGACUGUUCAAUGCGAUGUUCAGUGUGCUCUGUGUUCCACUGGCGUAUUAUACCGCUAGAGGUAUCGGUUUCAACACGCCAGCGGUGUGGCUAUUCACCCUGAUGGUGAUCUUUGACACUUCUUAUGUGACAUUGGGUAAAUUCAUUCUGCUGGACUCCAUGCUGAUGUUCUUCACCGUGGCCACGAUGUUUUGCUUUGUGAGAUUCCACAACGAGAGAAAAGCGCCAUUCGGACGUAAAUGGUGGAAAUGGAUCUUGCUGACAGGUAUCUCCAUCGGUUGUGUCUGCUCUGUGAAGAUGGUUGGACUGUUUGUCACAUCUUUGGUUGGUAUCUACACCGUUGUCGACUUGUGGAACAUGAUGGCUGAUAAGUCAAUCAGCAACAAGAAAUACGCGGCACAUUGGGGUGCAAGAAUCUUAGCAUUCAUCGUGGUGCCAACUUUGAUCUUUAUGCUCUCUUUUAAGAUCCAUUUCGAAUUGCUGAGUGGUUCAGGUACAGGUGAUGCUAAGAUGUCCUCGUUGUUCCAAGCAAACUUGGCAGGUUCAAGCGUCGGUGGUGGCCCAAGAGAUGUUGCAAUGGGUAACUCCUACGUUACUAUAAAGAACCAGGGAUUAGGCGGCUCAUUGCUUCAUUCGCACGUCCAAGUUUAUCCAGAGGGCUCUAAGCAACAACAAGUCACUGCCUAUGGCCACAAGGAUAGCAAUAACCAAUGGUACUUCCAACGUCCAAGAGGUAGAGAUGCAUGGAACGAAACUACUGAUAUUAUGGAGUACGUCAUUGAUCAAAUGCCAAUUAGAUUGAUGCACGUCUCUACUGGUCGUAACUUGCAUUCGCACGAAGUUGCUGCACCAGUGAGUAAAAGCGAAUACGAAGUUUCUUGUUAUGGUGAUGCCAACAUUGGUGAUCCAAAGGAUAACUGGGUUAUUGAAAUUAUGCACCAGUAUGGUUCCGAGGAUAAGUUGAGAGUCCACCCAUUGACGACCUCGUUUAGAUUGAGACACCAAUUGUUGGGAUGCUAUUUGAUGCAAUCUGGUAGCUCCUAUCCAGCAUGGGGUUUCCAUCAGAGUGAAAUUGUCUGUGCCAGAAAUCCGUUCGCUCGUGAUAAACGUACCUGGUGGAACAUUGAAGAGCACCGUAAUCCUAACUUGCCAGAACCUGGUCCAGAUUUCAAAUUGCCAAAGACAAAUUUCAUUAAGGAUUUUGUCCAGCUGAACUUGGCUAUGAUGGCCACGAACAACGCUUUGGUUCCGGAUGAAGACAAAGAAGACAUGUUGGCUUCACAGGCAUGGCAAUGGCCAACUCUUAACGUUGGUAUUAGACUCUGUGGCUGGGGUGAUGACACCGUAAAGUAUUUCCUCCUUGGUUCCCCGGCAACUACCUGGACGUCUUCCGUUGGUGUUAUCGUUUUUGCAAUCUUGGUGGUGUACUACUUGUUGAGAUGGCAAAGACAGCAGCGUGAUUUCGAACCAAACUCUGAAAAGCUCAACACAUUCCUCAUGGGUGGUAUCUAUCCAAUGUUUGGCUGGGGACUACACUUCUGUCCUUUCAUCAUCAUGGGUAGAGUCACUUAUGUCCAUCAUUACCUGCCGGCUUUGUACUUUGCUAUGAUUGUCCUUGUGUUCCUCCUCGAGCACUUUACAAGACCAUUGCGUGAAGGUAAAACCACAAAGAAGACUAUAAUCUAUUGGUCCAUUUACAUCGUUUGGUAUAUUGUUGUCAUUGGAACUUUCUGGUACUUUAGACACAUUUCGUUUGGUCUUGAAGGUCCAUCCAGAGAUUACGAGUACCUGAACUGGCUCAAGACAUGGAGAAUUGCCUGAGUCUUUCCCUUAUCAUCGAAUACAUAAACGAACCCACAAAAGUUUGCAAAGUUGAAGAAAAAACAAUGCAAAAUAAAACAAAGAGGAAUGAGGAACGAAGAAAGAAGCAACAAAAGAGAGAAGUAUAUAUUUAAAAACAGAAUGAACGAGUUUUGUUGAUG